AUGAUUUAUAGACUCGGAGAUCUCCUCUUAGCCUCAACACUUUUCAUCAACGCAGGUGCAAUACUAAACUUCGCGGUGGAAAAACAGGAUGGGUUAACAGCCAAGGCAAAGCUCUUUGAGUGCAUCCGUGCCCUUCAGGUGUUUCGCUUUGUGAUUUGUCUCUGGAAUAUUCUCAUGCUCAUCAUGCUUAUCAUCUAA